AUGAGGAGGAGGCUCCCGAGCCCCCCCCCGCAGCCCCCUCCCCUCCGCCGCAAAUCCUCGGCCAAUUACCGGGCCUACGCCGUGGAGCCCCACGCCAAGAGAAAAUCCAAAAUCUCAGCGUCUCGCAAGCUGCAGCUGAAGACGCUGCUGCUGCAGAGGGCGAAGAAGGAGCUGGAGAAGGAGGAGCAGGAGAAGGCGGCCGAAAAGAUUCGGGUGGUGGAGGAGCUGUGCCCGCCCCUGGCGGCCCUGGAGGGGAUGGGGGUGACGGAGCUGCAGGAGCUGUGCCGGGAGCUCCACGCCCGCGUGGCGCGCGUGGACGAGGAGCGCUACGACAUGGGGACACGCGUCAGCAAGAACGUCACCGAGCUGGAGGAGCUGCGGCGCCGCGUGGCCGCCGGGCGAUUCGUGAGGCCCAACCUGAGGAGGGUGAGGCUGUCGGCCGACGCCAUGAUGGCGGCGCUGCUGGGCACCAAACCCCGAGUGGGCACCGACCUGAGGGCCGGGCUGCGCCAGGUGCGCAAGGACGACGCCGAGAAGGAGAGUUACGAGGUCGGGGACUGGCGCAAGAACGUGGACGCCAUGAGCGGCAUGGAGGGGCGCAAGAAGAAAUUCGAGGGGGCGGCGGCCUGAGGGAGGAGCCCCCACGGAGCCCUUUCUUCAUCAUCACCUUCGUCAUCAUCAUCAUCAUCGGCACGGGCACCACCCCCUCCCCAAAAUCCCCCAAAAUCCCCCCAAAUCCCCCCAAA